CUUGAAUCGUCUUCGCAGGAUUGAUACAGGUUCGAUGAUGGAAGGGCAAAACCCGCUGCCGCCGCAACAAACAAAGAUCGCAAGGACGUUCGGACGUAUGCUGCGAUUUGGACAGUGCGAAGGCAAGUCGUUCUUGCCUGUGUUUGAACAAUGAAGUGCUCAUACGACGCCAGUAUUCCCAUUGCACUCAGUGGAGAACGUUGUAUUUGUUGAAAGCGACACCGAGGAGUCAGGAUCUGAUACAGGAUCAGACAGCACGGGAAGUUCAUCGGGCUCAGACUCGACGAGCCUAGUCUAGCCCAGAAAGAUGACACAUUCAGAGAUGUCCCGGUUGGAUGCUCUCGCACAUCUCCCUCCAGCCCUUGUCUGCAUAUCCCAGUGCCCCAUUGUCUGCCGCCCGGGUCCAGCCCAAGAUGGUUGGAGACCAGCCGGAAAUGUGAAGGAGGUUGUUCUUGCACGUCAGCUGGUCUAUGCUGCCUUUGAACCCGAUGAGUCGAUCAAUGACAGCUGGUCGGCCCUGGAUCCACAGGAGCGCUGUGACAGAAUUGGCGUGGGUUUCCGGUAUGCGACACCGUACCUACCAUGCGUACUGGCAGUGUCGCGAGAAGGAGCUGGAGAACGAGACGUGGAUGUACCAGCCGCCGGUGAUUUGCCCGAACUGCAACGCGGCGAUCUAGAUGUUCGGUUUGUCAAAUUCUUUGGAUUUGCUUUGCUCGGGGUCGUCUCACCCUUUCGUGCUAUCUUGCUAGUACACCACUUAUCACGCUAUGCUUCCACCAAGAUUGCUUUUUACAUCGUUCGCGCUGAUUUGUACGUUCACCUUAUGCCCCUCACCCGAUUUGCUACCAUUAUAUACGCUCAUAGUACCCUCUGUGCAUAUAAGAUACAUCGCGUACCUACUAGGUUCAUCAAUGUAUAUGGCUGACCUCGAUCACGGUAACAUGGAUGCGGCUUGCAUCCAGCCCGAUAUCCCCAGUCCGUACCGAAAUGAUCGCUUGCAUCUAGGCUCACCAGUCUGCGCACAA